GUGGUGGGUAGAUUUGGACGUGGCGACCAACUUCAAAUACGCAAGAGACAGAAUUGCGGAGUGCUACCUGUGGGUAAUGGGGAUGUAUUUUGAGCCCAAGUACAGCCAAGGCAGGAGGCUACUGACCAAGUUGAUAGCGGUCAUGUCUCUUGGGGACGAUACUUACGAUAACUAUGCUACAUAUGAAGAACUCGCUCCCUUCACCGAGGCCAUUGAAAGGUGGGACAUCGAUCUCGUGAGUAACCUUCCAGAAUGCAUGCAGAAGCUUUAUGCCUUGUACCGCUAUAGGUUUGACGAGAUUGAAGAGGCAUUUGCUGCAGGCGGCAGGCCAUUUGGUGCAGUUUACGCGAAAAAG